AUGGCAGUAGCAGUAGCAGGAGGACUCUUUAACGCAUUUGCAUUUGCUGGAGCAGGAUUCCUAUUCAAAAUGUUUGAUAAGAAUGGAUAUGCUAAGGAAGCCCACAGACAUAAUACUGCGAUAGAGAAUCUAACAGCAGAAAGAGAGAAGUACCUUGAAGAGGUCACUGAUAGAAGAAAUAGAAUUGCCCAACUAAAAUCAGAGUUGGCUGAAGCAAAUAAGGAUAUCAAUGCAACAAAUAAAUCACUUGAACUCGUUAGAAGAAUAAAUGAGCUGAGACGCAAAGCUAUGCCGAGAAAGCCGCAGUUGAGCAAUCACUACAAGCCUAGCCAAGAGAUGGAAGAAUACAUGGCAGUCUUUGGCCUAAUCGCAGGUGGGGUGGUUGGAGGGGCAGCUUAUUUAUUACUAUAA